UUUAUGUCCAAAGUAUGAUAAGGGAAUCUUUACGUACUAUGCGUAUUUUAAAAUUUUUGUAAGCGUACGAGAUAGUACACGAUAAAUAUGGAGAUGUGGGAAAAAAUUAUCAUAGAAUGGAUUGAUUGUUUACAAGUACAAAAAGAGCCAAUAAAAAAUAUAACAGAAUUAGGAAAUGGAGAGUUCUAUGUCAAUUUCUUAAAAUUAAUAAACUGGAAAAGCUGUGAAAACAUUCAAGAAGAUAUUAUUAUCAAAUUUUUAGAAGCUGAAUAUCCCAGUUUUAAAAUCAACAAAGAUGAUAGCACAGAACAUUUAUAUAUUGCAUCUUUAUUAUUGAUACAUGCAUGUCGAAAGCUAUCUGCAUUAGGUUAUUCUCUACAGUACAAUAUGUGUAAUAAUUUGAAACAUGAAUCACAAAUUAAAAUUAAAACCUUUAUAGAAAGUGUUCUACCUUUGGAAAGAGAGAUUACCAAAGAAACUAUAAAAGAAAUUAUUAUGGAGAUUAAAGAUAUAACAAUCGCAAAUAGUAGAACACCUGUUGGAAAAUUUUCUCCUAUCACUUGUUCUACACGUAGCAAAAAAAUUAUGACCGAUCGAAUGCGAGAAUUGAGAAGUUUAAAAUGUAGUUUAGAAGAAGAAGAAUCUGCUAAUGCAAACUUACGCAAUGAAAUAAUGAUUCAGAAUAACAAAAUACAGAAGUUACAGGACCAACUUAAGGAAAAAUCAAUGCAAGUAAAGGUAUUACGAGAAGAAAGAAUGAGAUCAAGUACACCUCAACCUUCACAGGAAAAGGAAGAUGAUUCAGAAGAGAAUUAUUAUAAACAGUACAUUAAUGAUUUGGAAAGCCAAUUAGACAAACAGCAAGAUGAAAUUACUAAAAUAGAAACAGAUAAAGAUACUCUAUCGAAAGAAUUAUCUUAUAUGAAAAGAACACAUAAAUGUUACAUGGAGGAAUUUACAAAUCAUGAGCAAUCUAUAAAAUCCUUAUCAAAGAAAAUUGAAGUAAAGGACAGAGAAUUGGUAGAACUUAGAAUACAAAAUGAAGAAUUGCGCACACGCAUCAAAGAAUUGGACAAAAAUUUUGGUGCAGAACAAAGUUUUGAAGUUGAAGAUUUAGCACUUCCUUUAAGAAUAUCAUUCAAUACCAGUGAAGCUCUAAGUUCUGUAGUUGACAUACAACUUCAAGAAGCUAAAGAAGAAUGUGCUAUAUUGCAGGCCCAGAAUGAUAUUUUAAAUGGAAAAUUAAGUACUCUUACAAAAGAUUAUAAAACUAUAAUGGAAUCAAAUAGAGAUUUACAGAAAAAAGUGGAAACAUUGGAUCAAAUACAAGUAGAAUUAAAUAAUGUACAAAAAGAAUUAGAAAUAUCAAAUACAGAUAUUGUGAAUUUGCAAACAGAGAAAACAUCUCUCAUUGCACAAAAUGAAGAUUUAAAAAGCUCACUUUUAUCUAAAGAAACAGAAUUGUCUAAAAUGGAACAGUCAAAUAUUGCAUUAAAUACAGAAUUGAUUAAUUUAAAAACAAACAUGACGAAUUUGAACAAAUUGCUUGAAGAAGAAAAGACCAAUUCUUCAAUUUUAAACACUGAUUUAAUAAAAAUAAAAUCAGAGGUAACACAACAUCUUGCACAUAUUCAUAAACUUAUUGAUGAAAGAGACUUGUUUAAAUCUUCUAUUGAAAACUGCAAUAAAAGUUUAAAAGAUAUUUUACAUUCUAAUAAUCAAGUUAUGCAAGUUGAAACUAACAAUUUAGAUAACUUGACUCUUAAUGAUCUUAUAAAGUACAUUGAUACACUGUUAUAUAAUUGCAAUACAACGUGUGUUUCAUAUAAAUAUGAUAUUGAAAAAUUAAAAUCGACAAUAGAUGAAUUAAAUACAAAUUUGUCUAAACAACAACUAAUUAUUACAACUUUGGAAGAAAAAGAAAAACAAAAUCUUAUAGAAUUAGCUAAUAUUGAGGAAAACAAUAAGCAAAAAGAUAUAUUGUUAAAUGAACAGAAAGAAAUUAUUUAUAAGUAUUCGCAGGAAAUUGAAGUUUUAAAAAAAAUUAAAGAUGAGAAACUUGUGUUGGAAUUAAAUCUACAUGAGCUAAGAAAUAAUUUAAUCAAUCGAGAACUACAAUUAAAUUCUCUUACGACACAGUUAAAAGACAUUUUUCAGAAUGUGAAGAAAAAUUUAAAAUUAAUAAAAAAAGAAACUCGACAAAGUUUUACUGAAUAUCAAGAAAACGUUGAAUUAAACUUUAAAAAAUUACAAUAUAACUAUCAGGAAAUGCAAUACAACUUUAACAAAACACAAGAAGAAAAAGAGAAGUUAGAAUAUAAUCUCAAUCGCAAUAAGGAUGAAUUAUCAAAUAUUCAAAUAGUGAAUUCAAGAUUGGAACAAAAUUUAUUAGAAAGUAAAAAAACAAUAAGUAAUUUGGAAGAAAAGAGAAGAAUUCUCUGUAACGAAUUAAAUGAAUCUAAACAAACUGUGCAAGACUUAAAAAGAAAAAAUCAAGCAUUAGAAGAACGAUAUAAAACAAUGGAAAUUGAAGCAAAUGACAAUUUGGAAAGUCUGAAAUCAGAAAAUGCUAAAAUAUCAUUCGAGUUUACAAAUGCUACCGAUAAGUUCAGUUUAUUACAACAAGAAAUGAAUGAUACAAUCACACAAAUGAAAUUGAAAGAAGCACAAAUUCAUGAAUUACUUUUUGAUAUCUCCUCUUUAAAAACAGAAAAGGAAAAUUUGAUGCACUCACAUGAAGAAAUGCUUAAAACAAAGAAUAAAGAGAUAGAAAUGAAAGAAGAAGCAUUACUGAUGUCCCAAAUCAAAAUGGUGAAGCUAACAAAUGAAACAAAUGCCAUGGAAAAGAAAAUGAAAGAAAUAAUUAUUAAUCUUCAAGAAGUAAGAUCUAGUCAGGAUGCUGUUUUAGCAACUCAGGAAACAGCUCUGAAAGAAAAGUCUCUUUAUAUAGAAGAACUUCAGGAGCAGUUUGAUAACUCCAAGGAAAUGUUAAAUAAAGAACUCGAAAAUGCAAAAUUAUCAUUGUGCGAAUAUCAAAUCAAAUUAUUAACUCUAGAAAAUCAGAUUAACGAUCAAAACAAGACUACAACAAAAUUGCAAGAGACGCUAAGAGAAAUGAAUACAGAGCUUGAAACAAAUAGGGAACUUUACAAGCAAAUAGAUGCAAGUCAAGUAGAAAUUGUAAAACUGUGUCAAGAAUUGGAACAUCCAACCAAAAAUUUGAAUUCUACAAUUAUGGAAACAUGCUCGGAUUUUGAUUUUCUCGAUCAGCAGUUAUAUCAUGCACCUCAGAAUAAAUACACAUAUACAGAUCAUAAAAUUGUAAAUAUCUCGAAUAUUAUUAAGAUGACUCUUAGUGAAUUAUAUAAAUCGCAGAAAGUUAUCUCGCAUUUAUCGUCCACAAAUGCUGAAUUAAAUAUAACUUUAACAGAGCAAAAAAUACUUAUAGAAAACAAUGUAAAAGACAAAGAAGAAGUUCACAGUUUAAAAAAUAAAGUACGAGAAUUGGAAAUAAUUGCGCAGAAACGAAAUAGUUAUAUUAAAAAUCUUAUAAAAAAUAAGGAAUCUUUAAACGAUUUUUUGCAAAAAAUGAUUGUUUCACAAAACGAUUUAUAUAUUGUUUUAACAUCAUCCAAGCAAAAGUGGACUGAAAUAUUGACAAAGUUUCAACAUAUUUUUCAUAUCGAGAACUCUAUUUGCGACGAAUUCAAACAAUUGCAAUUUAAAAAGACAAGUCUCGAAAAUACAUUGUCGAAAUAUCAAAUCGCCUAUUUAGAAAACAUUAAAUCUGUAUUCGAUAUUUUAUGGAAGAAAUUUUUAUGGACAGAGCAACAAUUACAUGAUACUUACUUAUGUUCAAUACAUGAAAAGGAAUGUCUCGAUGCAUUGACAAGUGUAAAAGAAGAUCUAUUUGCCGAUGAGAAAAUGAUAAUUGAUAAAGAGAUGGAAAAGCAUCAAACAUUGCAAACCAAUGUAUUGAAAUAUGAUGAAGAAAUAGACUCUUUCACAGCUUUGGCCACUUUUUAUGAAAAUAGUUUAAAAUCUGGCGAAAUCAAAAAUCAAGCGGAAGUAGAAAAGAAACUACAAAAUCAAAUUAAUCAACUGACAAACGAAAAAAGGGAUCUAAAAAACAAAGUAGAUGCUACGCGUUUAAGAAAUGUGAAAUUAGAGAAGAAUAUCGACGAUCUUAGAAUGGAGAUAAAAAAGCUAAAAUCAGCGUCAAUGGAAGUUAACUUGGCAGAAAUACAAUCUCUGAAGGAUGAAUUGAGAUGUUUGAAAGAACGAAAUCAACAGUUAUGUGAAGAAAAGGACGCAUCAAGCAAAAUUGCAAAGCAAGAAUUUGAAAAUCAAAUAAAAAAAGAAGUUCAUGCUACAUACGAACAGAAAUUGGAAGAUAUGAAACAAAACAUGAAAAUAGCCUACAAUGAGCAAAUAAUGAAGUUGAAGAAUGAUAAUGAACAGAUCAUACAAGAAAAAUUACAGAUUCAAAUGAAGAUGAUGUGUCAGAAACAAAGAGAAGAACUCAAUAGAUACAAAACACACGUUGGCGAAUUGAGCUCGCAACUUUGGAAUGUGGGAGAAAAACUCUUAAUUGAACAACAACAGAAGCAAGAUGCAUUACAACGUGUGGAAAAAUUAAAAACCAAACUGAAGGAAGUUGAAGCAAACCAACCAAUAACUACAAUUUCGCGCAAAACUUGCAAAAUAGAGAAACAAGAGGUAUCACCUGAAAAUGUAAAAACAACUACAUCACAAAAAGUAACAACACUAAUAACAGAAGAAACAUUUGAAAGAAGGCAUAGUCUUAGAAGCAUGCAAGCAAUGGGAAAUGUAUUUAAAACGGAAGAUGAGGAAGAAAUUUUUGAUAAUGUUUAUCUAGCUGAUAUAAAGAGAGACAACUGUUUACCUACUACAAAUGUGAAUCGUUUAUCUGUAUUACAAAUGAGAAACUCUCUCUGCAAGCCUCAUUUAAAAUCAUCUUAUCCAGCAGAAAUGCAAUUUCUUCCUUCAACUUUGACUGAAGAAGAGAUUAAAAUGGGUUCUCCAGUAGAAGAUAAUUUUAACGAUAGUCUUAGCCAAAGUCUUCUUCCCGAACAAAAAGCAAGAAAAAGAGAUAAAUCUCAGAUAUCGUACAAAAAACCUGGUCCUCCAACUCCAAGUAAAAAUGGAGGAAAGUUAUCAUUGCAGGGUAACGAAUUAAGAAGCCCAAGUUCACGUAUACUGAGAGAACGAAAUAUAGAUAAAAGAACGACAACCACUCCUCAUUCAUUGAAAAACAUAUUCUCCAAACGACAAGAUGAAAAUGUAUCUAGCACGCCCAAACGCAGACUCAGUAAUCUUUUUCGUAAAUCUCGAUUACCAUAGGACUGAUUAAAAUGCCGAAUAUAUGAGCAAAGAUAUACAUAGAUGAUCAUACGAAUUAUGUACAAAGAAUAAGUUAAAACAUAAGACCGGAAUUCCUUCAUAAUUAGUCGUCCAGAGUAUUUUAAUAUGUAUAUUAUAGAUGUAUAGAAAAAAUAAGGACUCAUAUAUUAUAAUU